AUGGAAAGAUUCCUUCUUGAUAACGCUGCGCGACAUCAAAUGCUUGUCGAAAGGUUUAAGCCACCCCGCCAAAAGACCGAAACCAACUCUAAGGCCUCCACUUCCAGCAUCACUGUCGCUACUCGCAUUCGACCUAUAUCCGAUGAGGAAUUAUUGUCUGGACAAGUUGUUGCUGUUUUUCCUCGGGUUGACAAUAGCGGAGUCGUUGAUCUGCAUGAGCUGCGGCGCGUUUCCUCCUCAUUCCAACCCGGUAGAGUCUUUAGUGCAGAUGAUAAGACUGAAACCAUCUACGAAGACGUGGUGCACCCACUCAUUCCCUGGGCCUGGGAUGGUAACGUAGGAACACUUUUCGCCUACGGGCAAACGGGAUCAGGGAAGACUUUCACUAUCAGUGGUCUAGAGCGUCUAGUUGCGAGAUCCCUUUUCGACGGGAGAUUAGAAGGUGAACGCAAUAUCUACCUUGCUAUGUUUGAACUUGCCGGAAACUCAGCAUAUGACCUCUUGAACUCUCGCGCGUCCUUCUCAAUCUUGGAGGACCACCUCGGCACGACCCAAUUGGUCGGUAUUCAAGAGUUCAGCAUACGAAGUGAAGCCGAACUACUUGCCCUGUCCCAGGCGGCAAAAGAAUUGCGACAAUCAGCGCCGACGGUCAAAAAUGACGGAUCUUCACGAUCGCACGCAGUAUGUCGCAUUCGAAUUGAGAGACCGUCACACGAGCCAGCAGAAGGUGGGAUUCUAUACCUAGUUGACCUCGCUGGCUCAGAAGCAGCGCGCGAUAUAUUUUCACACUCGACAGAGCGCUUAAAGGAAACACGCGAAAUAAAUCUGAGUCUAUCAGUACUAAAAGAUUGCAUCCGAGGCGUGGCGCGGAUUGACAGGGAGAAGAGAGAUCUCUCAAAGAAAGAGUAUAUCCCUUUUCGUCAGAGCACGUUAACCAAAGUCCUAAAACAUCUAUUUGACCCGACGGAGAGCCGCAAGUGCCGGACUACAGUUGUGGCCUGCAUCAAUCCUAGUUUCCUUGAUACUGGAGCAAGCAAGAACACGUUGCGCUAUGCGGAGAUGCUGUGUAAGUCUUAG